AUGGCACCCUCAACCAGUGAAUCACCCCUCAAGGCGAGUGUGACCGUCUCCAUGACGGAAGACGGAAACACUACAUAUCGAUUAGACCUGGGACCAGGUCGUACGCUUAAUAAUGUCGGAGAUACAUUCACAAGUCUAGUCGAAGAUCUUGCCACGUUUACUACCAGGUGGCGUAAUGAUAAUAAUCGUCACGCAAGCAGAAACUCUCAAAGUAGGAAUCAUCAUCUACCUUCCACCUCGGGAACGACGAUCACGGCGGCACCCAAUCGUGCUCGUCAUGGAGCUGGGUCUGAAGUUGGUCAGACCGAACCUCCUACAGAAACACAUGAGACCGUCACGCCUAACACUGGUAUUCCUGCUACGGAAGCCCAAACAGCUAAGACUCGAUCCCCUACGACCGAAGCUACGACCGCUAAGACUCAAUCUCCUACCACAGAAGCCAUGACCACUACCGCCUGCCCUCGUGCCAACGAGGCCAAGAGACCGUCCACUACAGGAAAACGAGCCCAUUUCAAAGAUCAAUCCAGCGCUGCGGUGGAAUCAAACACUACUCGUGUCCCUCCGGAGACAUCUGGUAGAAUGACGGUCAAUAAUAGAUUGUUGGAUAAUAUACUUGCAAGCCGCAUCCCUAGUGUUUUCAGCUUCGUCAGUGGUCUCGUACGUUCGAUAGCUUCGGAAUAUCCCCAGACUAGUCAAGCGAUCGUUCAAGGUCUAGAAGACUACUUAACAGACCCAUCAGAUGAUGAUGUGCCGGAUAAAGGUACUGUUCUUCCUAAAAGUACCAAAAACAAACAUCAAAAGACUCGUAGCCGUCAUCAUGAAGGAUCGACAACGGCAAAAACAAACGAUCCGAUACCUUCCGAUCCAACCGCUACUCAAGCAUUCACGACAGCUCCAACUACUCCUGCCUCCAGUGCUGAACGCGAUUCCAGGCGUAGUGCACGUCAACCUACGGUGGAGGACGGAGCGGAAACGACUGCUCCACCUCCGACUGACGGCGAUGUGACGCACAGAGAUCCGGGAAGGGAAGAGGCUUGGAAUACGCUUAUCUCAACUUUGCAGAGCUUGAUCUCGAUCGCGGGUGAUCUGAAGAGCGGUGCUUGA